CCAGUAUGACUUUUUGAUUCCAUUAAAUCAGUCAUGAAAGUUUUUGUAAUAUUCUUAGCCCUUGUGGCCUUAGCUAAGGGUCAGUUUAAUCCUUACUACGAGGAUGGUCGAACUGUGAUGGCUUUCCUUAUGGACUGGAAGUACUCAGACAUUGCUCUGGAGUGUGAGAGAUUCCUUGGACCGAAGGGGUACGCCGGUGUCCAGGUUUCAUCCCCAUCUGAGAAUGCAAUUGUAUCAGAUCCUCUGCGUCCUUGGUGGGAACGCUAUCAUGUUGUAUCGUACAUCAUUGGAUCCAGAUCAGGGACUCAGGACGAUUUUGCCGAUAUGAGUGCACGCUGCAACAAAUGCGGAGUUCGUGUUUACGUCUUUACCAUCUUCAAUAAUAUGGGAGCGUUUCCAGAUAUGGUUGGAACUGCUGGAUCUACAGCAGAUGGACCAUCUAAAUCCUACCCAGCUGUACCUUAUGACAGUACAAACUUCCAUCCAUCCUGUCCCAUUCAAUCUUACCAGCAUGCCUUUAUUGUACGUAACUGCGAAAAUGAAGGUACUCCUGAUCUCGAUCAAUCCCAAGACUACGUCAGGGAACAAAUUGUUGCCUAUCUCAACAAUUUGAUAAGCCUCGGAGCUGCUGGCUUUCUCAUUGAUUCAGCCAAGAAUAUGUGGCCAACAGAUCUGAAAGCUAUCUACAGUAGCCUCUCGAAUUUGAAUGAAGACUACGGAUUUUCUCCCAACUGCCGGCCAUUCAUCUACCAAGAUGUCAUUGAGUUAGGCAAGGAAGCUGUUAACAAAUAUGAGUACCUUCCCUUAGGUGAUGUGACUGAUUACAAAGUUUCAUAUAGCCUUAAUAGUAUCUUCAACGGCAAUAAAUCUCUCAGUGUUUUAGCCACUUGGGGAGAAUCUCUCUGGAACUUUAUUCCAUCGAAAAGUGCUGUAGUUUUCGUAGAAAAUGAACAAAAUGAACGCGAAGGAUUCUACUUUGGACAAGUCCUUAACUACAAAGAUGGAAAACCCUACAUAAUGGCUAUUGCUUUCCUUUUGGCUCAUCCAUACGGUAAUCCACGCAUCAUGUCAGACUUUGACUGGACAGACUCCGAUCAAGGACCUCCAAUGGAUGAUAAUCAGAACAUCAUCUCACCGACUAUCAAUAAAGAUGGUAGUUGCGGUGAUGGAUGGGUUUGUCAGCAUAGAUGGCCUCAGGUUUGCAGCAUGGUUACAUUCAGGAAUCAAGUGGGUAAUUCCAAUUUCUGCAACUUCUGGUCCAACGGCAACAAUCAGAUCGCCUUUGCGCGUGAAGGACAUGGCUUCAUUGUCUUCAACAAUAACGACGGGAAACUCUGGCAGACUCUGCCGACAACCCUUCCGGCUGGGACCUACUGCGACGUCAUCACAGGUUAUGUUAAAAAUAAUGAAUGCACUGGAAACAGCAUUGAGGUAGCAGACGAUGGAACAGCAGAAUUCAUCAUCUACUCUGAUGAUCCAAAUGGCGUGAUCGCCAUUCACAUUGGACAAAUGUUGGAAUGAAGAAAACUAAAUGUUGUCACGCACUGUACGGUUAAUCGAUGCGUCAAAAUAAAAUUUAUUCAAUGAGCA